GAAAAGCCAGCAGCAGUCAAAACUGGAACACACAAUCCUAGCUCGCGGUACCGAACCAAUCGAAGUGGGGUGAAGAAAAUUUUCGCUGCAUUUUUAGUGAUUUCCUGUGCUAAAAACUGCCCGUUACUAAUCGCGAAAUGUUGGUCUCUGUUUACCCCGUCCGGAUUCGGUUACAGUGCCGUUGAACGCGUUCAAUUUAGCAGAGAAUUUUGGCCGUAUUCAUCGUGUGAUUUUUUUUUGAGUAGGGUCUUUUCUUUCACUUUUCCAAGCAGGGCGAGACACAGAAAGAAAGAAUAGAGAGAGGUGCUUGUGUCUAUCUAGCCCUACCAUCGGGAAGAAGAAGAGUAGUUUUCAUCGUCGUUUGGCAGUCAACAGAAUUGUGUGCAGAAGAAGGAAAUUUUUAAGCGGCGUAGAGGUGCAGAGCCAGCGAAAAGGUUCGCUGUUCACCUAAAAUUUCCACCCGGUGCGGAAAAAUGUGCGAUGUUUGUGCGGGGUUCUUGAAUCUUCUUGGGUCAUACGAAGCUCGCUUGGCCAGCAAUGAAACGGAGCAUCCGGUUUUUCUGUCGAAACGCGAGAUCGAAAUUGUUAUCGGGUACAUUCAGUGUUGGCCGGCCCGGCAAUGCAUGUGUUGCUAUCGUGAUCCGAAGAACUUUGAGCGGUUUAAUCUAGUGGUACAGGCGAUCGUAUACUUCACAGUCUAUCAAUUAAAGAACAUCAAGAACCUGCUGGACAGGGAAGAACAAAAGACCUUUGGUCAUGAGGAUAUUAAGGAAGAUUCCAGUGGAAGUGGCUGUAAGGAGGAUUUUGCUAAAGAAGGUGAAAGGAGUGAGAAGUUGGAAACCGUGGAAGAGCCGAAGGAACGAGUUCAAACGUUAGCGGAUGUAACUUUGCAAGGUGACUGCUGGACACUGUUGGAUGUCGAAAAGCUGCUGUUACUUUCUUCGAAGGCCUUUCUACUGAAUUUCCCUCUGUAUGUGGCCUACAAACAUGGUGUCCACGCACGGAUGGACGAAAUUUCCCCGCAGGAGGCUCAAACACUCAGCAUAUUUUGUGAUUUGCACGACAACGAAAUUCCGGCAUUCCUGCUGAGAAAUGUUUCAUUAUUUUGUACUUCAGGUGGAUUCGAUGCCAUGAUGAAUAGUUUUGAUCAUUCAAUUCUACCGGUGCCGAUAGCCCAUGCGAUAACUGCUGCUAUUUCUAAUCUAAAACUUUGGAUCAACUACCGAUCGGUCAUUCAACUGUUUAUUCCAAUUAGGGUUAAAAUUCUGCAGUAUAUGUGUAAGCUGUCGGAUCAAGAUUUGAGAUCACCGGCAACGAAAGCAAUGGCGGAUUUCAUGUGGACCGCCAUUAAAGAUCCCCUUGAUUCUCAGAUUACCUUCGACACAGAGGGCCUCGCACUGGCCUUCAAAUACUUCACCAGUUCUACACUAACAAUGCGCCUGGCAGGAAUGGCCCAAAUCAACGCUCACAUCAACCUGUUCAAUGAAAUUUGUACAACCGAAACGGUGGCAGAAGUGGAGAUCGUUGGCCAAAAGUUAGCCGAUUGGCUAUCGGAGAAUCAAAUAAUAUCCCAUUUGUUCGGUCCAAACCUGCACGUUGAAGUUAUCAAGCAAAGUCACAUAGUUCUGAACUUUCUGGCUGUCGAAAAUCAAAUCACAGAAGAUCACAUUACCCUGAUUUGGCAAGCGGCUCAGUUGAAGCAUUGUUCGAAGCCGAUUUAUGAUAUUUUGCCAUCGUUGGUGAAAAACCUUGCGCCCCGUCCUGCUACCCAUUUGUAUACGCUGCUUUCCCGACUGGAUCCGAAGGAACACACCGAGCAGUCGAUUUAUAUAGCAUCCGCCCUGACGAAGCUCAUUUGGGCACGCGAUUGUUCACGUUUGACCCUGAUGGACCUUGCCAAGAACAAUGUUUUGCGGGAGGCUGCUGCAGAAGCAGCGGCUGCGGCUGCAGCUGCUCAUGAAGCCGAUUUACCUUCCAGCUCGGAAAACUCGGUCUCGGUGGACGGGAGUAACAGCGAAGACGAACCGCAGGAGGAAGAUAGUUCCGAUCCGGAUCACCCGGUAGCUGUAGCAGCCUGUCGUUCCCAUCGGGUACAACCGGUGGGCAGUGCUGUCACAAUUCCAGGACCGGUCAUCGCAGGACCAUCCGGUUUGGGACAGAAAAGUUCGGUGGCGGUUGCAGCAGCCGCCGCAGCUGCAGCGGCUGCCAGUUUGAUGGAAGCGGACGAAUCGGAUUCGGGUCUGGCCGUACCGCCACCCUGCAAACAGGCUCGACAUAAAAAUUGCUGUGACGAAACUACGGACGACAGCAUCAAGGCAGAUCAUGACAUCUAUGAAGUGGAUCAACGGCUGAAAGAGAAAAUGCGACUUCCGUUGAUCAGUCGUUCGCUGGCAGUUGUUUCGGCUUUCAACGAGGACGCAGGAACCAGCAGUGAAGAUGAUUGCUUGGGUAUGAGUGAAGCUUUUACGGCGAUGCGAAAGAAGAUGCUACGCAAGAAGCGCAAAAAGAUAAGUGGUUUGACACGCAAAGAACUGCAGGAGAUGGCCGAAAGCGUGUCCGAUGUGGAGGAUAGCGAUUUGCUGGCGGCAAUGCUACCGGACAGUGACUGUAGCGAUACGAAUCUGCAGAGCUCGGUGUUGCGACACAUGGGUCAUCAUGGAUCGGGAGGUCCCGGUGUAUCGGGUUCCAGUGGCAGUGUUGGACCACCGGUAGGAGAAGGCGUAGCUCCCUUCAUCGGCACUAUGAGCGAGGGACAUUUGAUCAAUUUUCUGAACGCUGCCGAUAACGAUGGCAGUUGCUCGUCGCCGUUGAGUAACAAAUCGGAGAAAAAUAUGGGUGAUUUUGAUGAUGAAGACUCACCUUGUGAGGAAGAACUUGUGGAAUUGGCAGCAAGGGCUCAGUGCAUACAUCAGCAGUUUCCUUUGCCACGUUCACGGUCACUACGGGCCGGAAUCGUCCACGAUACUUCACCGCAGGCUCGGACAAACACUCCGAAUAUCACUCUGACCCGAUCACAUCACGAACAUCUGUCCAGCUCCGGUGGAAGCAUCGGUCCAAUUACGCAUCCCAUGACGCCUAGUGCGUCUAGCAGUGGCACUCCGACUUCGGUGGGUGGAAAAGGCAAGCAGCAAUUGGCUUUGUCCGGUAGCGGAGGGGGAUGUAAGACACCGCAUGCACCGACGAAAGAAAUGAUUCCCGUUGCUACAACCAGUGGUAGCUGUGGCAGUGGUGGUAGUGGGGGAGUUCCUUCUUCGCCGAACUUCCGGUUUCCGGAUGUUUGUCAACCUGGAAACACAUUACUGUGGGACUUACUGCAGGAUGAUCAGAUUGGACAACUGGGAGAAUCGCUUGCGCUCGAAGCCGAGAAAGUUCUCGGAACGUUACUUUGCUUCCACACGGACAAAAUCAUUCGUACUCGUUUCAUCGAAGGUUGCCUGCAAAAUUUGGCGGAGAACAAAAGUGUUGUCACAAGCCUAAGAUUGCUGCCCAAACUGUUCGCCUCGUUUCAACAGUUCCGCGAAGUGACCACCCAUCAGGUGGUGCUGUGGGCCGAACGCCAUCACCGAAUGAUGCAUCAUUUCUUCAAUAAUCUUAAACACUACACCAGUGGAGUGAGUCGGUGCGGGCGUCAGUCCAGUCCGGCCCAGGAUGUUAUUCUGAACCAAAACGGAGUCCCGCUGUAUUCGCACGUAACUCAAAUCCAAGUCCGACUGCAAUUUCUGUCGUCGGUGUUCAGUGAUGUGGGUUCUCCGAGAAACUUCAAACUUGCGCUCGGACAGGUCGACACAUUGUGGACCAGUUUGGCCAAUGAUCCGGAAUGCAGUGACUGUUUGUUCGCCUGGCUGCAAGGACAGGUGAAGGGAGGGGACACUCAUGCACUCGGAAUUAAUGCGAUCCAGCAUUUGUACUUGAAGCGAUUAUCCGAACUGAAACCGGAAGGAAUUUCGAUGGUAGCGCUUGGACUUUUUCAGCAGCUUUUUACUCUGGGACGGGAGGAGAUCAUUAGUCAUCCGAGUGAGGGACAGGAUUCAAGUGAUUCCGUUGGUAUGGAGCAUCUUUGGAAGAUAGCACUCAGGGCACACAAUACCGACGUGUCGCUGACGGCCAUACAGUAUAUCAACACCUAUUACAUGGAGAAACAACUUAAAUAUGAGAACCAAUUCGUAGCCCAAUGUAUGAACCACCUAACGCAAGCCGUAGAGGAAUUAACUAGGCAAGGCCAAGGAUCGGAGAAUGCUUUGAUGUGUGUCCAACGUGCGUUGAUGUUGUUGAACACCCACCUGGAGACAUUUCGACGUAGAUAUGCAUAUCAUCUGAGACGGUGGGCAUUGGAAGGAAAAGAAGUAGGUGCUCACAGUGCUCUGCGCAAUGAGGGACCGGGUCCUCCAAUAAGAAUCAUUCUCCAGCCAGCCGGUGUACCGGAGAAGUCUGUGCUUCAUUUGCACUCCACUGAUUUAGUGGCCGAUCUGAAGGCGGAAAUCGCAAAAUGGUGGGAAACUGUACAAGGAACUGUUAAGACUGCACACAACGAAGCCGCUGCUCGGACCGGUAGUGGCGCGGUUCUUGGACUCCUUUUGAGCGAGGGUCCGUUACGAAUAAUUACGCAAGGUCAGGAAAUAACUGCCGAAUACGACGAACGAAGCCUGGUUGAUGUUGGUUUCAAAGAUAACCAGAUGGUGUAUGUUUCUAUGGGCAGCCGGGGUGGACGCCGAAGAGAUCAUCACGACCAUCCGUCGAUGCAACCUCCACCGCCCAAGGAUUGUCUGCCUACCCUAUUGCUUCUUAAAAGUCCAUACUUUGAGCAGCUAUUUAAGCUAAUGCAGACCUUAGGUGAUAUGAAGCUAGUAGGACCCGGAGGUCGAAUCCAACCUAACACUAAGGCACAGCUAUUAUCCCGUAGGGUUUGGGAUAUACUCGCAGUUCUUCCGACAGCUCCAUCGUUCCUGAACACUCUUAAAAAUUUAACCUUCAAUGAUACCAAUCGCGAGCCGCCAUGUGAACCCGAAUUUGCAGACGUUCCACGUUACAGUCUUGAAGAAAUUCUGGAUCCUAAGAAUUUGCAGAAAUUCAUGUACUCGUUACACAUCGUCGAAAGUCUGUGUAAAUCGAAAUUCAUGGGUAAUUGCUGCAGUACUCUCGGAGGAAAUCCGGUGACACCAGUCGGUCCAGUCGGAGUACCGAUCGCCGCUACUUCGGGAAUGCCUGGUGGAUCUAGGUCGGCAAUCGGAACUAGCGCUGCCAGUGCAAAAAGCCUCUCGGUGAAAAAUCAACUGAAAUUAAAAAUAUCCACUUCCAAGUCCCUGAAGCUGCAAAAUCAAAAACUGGCAAAACAGCAGUCACAGGUUCUGGGCGUUAGCAACAGCAAUCUAGCAAUGACAUCGCCGGGAAAGAAAAAUUCCUCACCGGUUAGCGGAGAGAAGAAAAUGGACAUCUCGGUGGGGGACGGUGAAGAGAAGAGCAGCUCUAGUGAAACGGAAAACAAGGAGAACAAAACGGAAACCGUCAGUGCGGCCGAUAAGCUAGAGAAGAAAGACGAUGCGAAGGAUGAGCCUACAUCGGACGAAACCAUGCCGGUAGCAGAGACGGAAAGUCGAUCUGCACCGGAUCUCCAACAGCGUCUGCCAUCGGCGGCACAGCAACCGAAGCUUGCGACCAGUCCUACAAAUGCCUCGCUAGAAUGGAGUGAUCAGUUUAUCCGUUGCGGUGGACUGGCCCAUCUGUACCGGAUCUUUAUAUCGGGCGUACUGCAGAAGCAAACCCCCAACAAAGACGGGGACGAUGUGAACGAAUGGCGGCACGAUUGUUUGGCGAGUUUGCUGCGAAUUCUGUGUCUGCUGGGGAUGGAAGAGUUCAAACCGGAGAAUGAAAACGCUAUCAUCAUUCCGAAGCUGAACCGGAACACACUGCUGUUGCUGGAAGUGCGACCGACAUUGGAACGGAUAGCGUCAAUUCUGAACGAAGAGUCACAGCCGUUGAGUUUGCAUCAUUUCAAGACCGGACUGUUUGGCCGGGCACAGGUCAUUCAUUAUGCGAUGAAUUUGUUGGUUUGUUAUGCCCAUUCGUUGUCAGAAGUGAGAUCUACCCUGUGGAAAGUUGAUGCUAAUCUAGCUUGGGUGCAACGUUUGAUACUGGAUGAUCCCGAACCGGCUGUGCGACGAGAGGCUUGUGCGGCUCUGUAUCGAAUGUGUUUAGGUAAUGGACAAACGUACUACGAGUUGAUGGCUCCGUUGUUGUCCAAGCUGGUUGCGUUGCUUUCACUGGCAGAAAAGAUGCGCCCUCAAAUACAAUCCUGUCACUUAUCGCCGGAUGAAGGUAAAGAACCAUAUGGACCGGCAUGUCGGGAUUAUUUUUGGCUGUUGUGUCGGUUGGUGGAUUCCUUGUCGCCGGAGUUAGUUAAAGAUUGUGGUGGGGAGCUGAGCCGAAAGUCGUCUUCCGCUGGGUCCAUUGGCAUUGAAUCAAUGUGUCGACAGGUAUCGAAGAGUAUUUUGGACCGAGAUUACCUGGAAGGUCGACACGGGAGCCCCGAUGAUGGUUUGUUCGGAUUGCUGAACCUCAUGGCAAACCUGGUGAAAUUUGACCCACAAUUCAAAUUCAGCGACGAGGGUCAGGAGUUUAUAGCAAAAAUAUUCCAAUCGUUGUUUGAGCUUCCAUCACCGGAGGAUCGUGAGAAACCGAAAUGCAAGAGUCAUGGUGCGAGAGCCGCCGCAUACGAUCUUCUGGUGGAAAUGUGUAAAAGUGCUCCGAAAAACUAUUUAAUGCUUCACGGAAAACUGAUGCAACAACAUCGUGCUGGUCCCCAUUCUCCGUACCCAUGGGAUUAUUGGCCGAGAGACGAGGGUCGCUCGGAAUGCGGCUACGUGGGCCUUACCAAUCUGGGAGCUACGUGUUACAUGGCUUCUUGUAUUCAACAUCUCUUCAUGACUCCCCAGACCAGAGAUGCUAUCCUCUCAAUCUCUCCGGAAGCCCCUCAAAAGCACAAGGCGACACUUUACGAAUUGCAACGUAUGUUCGCGUAUUUAAUGGAAUCGGAACGGAAAGCGUACUGCCCGCGUUCAUUCUGUCGGGUUUACCAGAUGGAUCAUCAACCGUUGAACACUGGCGAGCAGAAGGAUAUGGCAGAAUUUUUCAUCGAUUUGGUUUCAAAGUUGGAGGAGAUGACGCCGGAGCUUAAAUUUCUGGUGAAACGAGUAUUCUGUGGAGUCAUCAGUAACAAUGUGGUGUCUUUAGACUGCGGUCAUGUCAGUCGAACGUUGGAAGAAUUCUACACUGUUCGAUGCCAAGUGGCUGAUAUGCGGAAUCUGCACGAAUCACUGGACGAAGUAACGGUGAAAGAUACCCUAGAAGGAGACAACAUGUACACAUGUUCCCAGUGUGGCAAAAAAGUUCGAGCCGAAAAGCGAGCAUGUUUCAAAAAGUUGCCACAAAUUCUGUGCUUCAACACGAUGCGUUACACGUUCAACAUGGUCACGAUGCUGAAGGAAAAAGUCAAUACACAUUUCAGCUUUCCGAUGCGAUUGGACAUGUCCGGGUAUGUGGAGAAGACGUUAAUGCCUCAGCACUACCAGGAAGAGAAAAGAAAAUCAGAACUGCGAAGGUCCUCCUCGAGAAAUGUUAGUGAGUCAAGCACAUCGGAAGGUGGCAUAAUGAUUUCCAGUGGUGAAGAGAAAAAAGACGAGAAGGUCAGUUCCUGUGACGGCCAGGAAGGCCAAGCAGUAUCCUCUUCGGGUUCAGCAAAUAACAGUGAAGCCUUGGAAAAGGCUGAACUGCAGAAGCAACAACAAACUCUCGAUGAAGAAGAUUCGGAAGAUUUCAAUGAACACUACGAGUACGAUUUAGUGGGUGUGACGGUGCAUACAGGCAAUGCUGACGGUGGUCAUUACUAUAGUUUCAUCAAGGAACGCAAUGAGGAUAGUAAUCCAAACCAUCAAGAGCGGUGGUUCCUGUUCAAUGAUGCUGAAGUGAAGCUUUUCGAUCAAUCGCAAAUUGCGGCUGAAUGCUUCGGUGGAGAGAUGACGAGUAAAACGUACGAUUCGGUGACGGAAAAAUACCUCGACUUCAGUUUCGAAAAAACCAAUUCGGCUUACAUGCUGUUCUAUGAGUGGCGUUCGAACAAAGGGACCAACAUUCAGCGAGAUCAGGCAGAGCAUCCGUCUGGUAAACCGUACACAUGUACUUCAGCAUCAUCGUCCGUUUCGGCAACGUCGUCUACUUCGUUGGUAUCCAUUCCAGCGACCACUACCACUAGUGAUCCCGCUAUUCAGACAUGCGGAAGUAACAGUUCCAACAGUAGCACAAGCUGCGGUAGCACUAUGUCACCCGGCGCUGGCCGAACGGAGCUGGAAUCCGUCGAAGAAUCUAAGCAGCCGCAAAAAGAAUCUUAUUCGGGCAGUCCGCCGCCGGAAUCAGCUUCACAGGCACGUGACGAAGAGCAGACUGAAAAAUUCAUCCAGAAACAUCCCAGUGAAGUAUCAUUGGUAGUAGAUAAUCUUAGUAAUCUAAGUAAAUGUGAUAUAGAUGUUAAGUCUAGCAUAAGAAGUGCUACUGCUGCCGUUCCAUCGCUGAUUCCCGGCACAUCGUCUCCCUCGCCAUCACCGUUGGCCGCUCUGCAGGCCACUUCAUUGAGUAUACUUCCACCAUCCGGUCCGCUGCUCGGACCUUCCAUACUUCAGUCACCAUCCUCGUCAGCCUACUCGUCAAUUUCUUCAUUGUCAGCCUUAACUGCUUCUGCUGGAGGGAAUGUUGGCCUUCCGUUGAGUGCCGUUGUUCAGCAGCCCUCGAUUACCAAUGCCCACCAACCUUGCUCGUCGUCGUCUUCGUCUUCAUCAUCUGCAUCGCUGUCAUGCGGACCAUCACUAAUAGGACUUGUUAGUCGACUAGGACCACCGCCUAAGCGGAAGCGUAAAGUGCUCAGUCAGGAGUUGGAAGAAUGGAUCUGGCAAGAUAAUCGACACUUUUUACAAGAUAGAAACAUCUUCGAACAUACCUAUUUCAACUUCAUGUGGCAAAUUUGUGGGCACAUUCCACAAACGUUGUUAGCUUUGCCUGACAUUACGUGCAUUGCAGCCCAGCUGUCGGUAUCAUUUUUCAUUGAAACGUUCAUUCAUGCAAAAGAAAAGCCAACUAUGGUAUUGUGGGUGGAGUUGCUCACUAAACAGUUCAAUGCCAGCCAGGAAGCUUGUGAGUGGUUCCUAAGCCACAUGUCGGCUGAGCCAUGGUGGCCAGUGCAGGUGCUGAUCCAAUGUCCUAACCAAAUGGUGCGACAAAUGUUCCAACGACUGGUUAUUCACGUAAUACAACGAUUAAGGCAAAGCCAUAGUGCCCUCUAUCUGAAAGUUGAAACCGAUGAAGAUGGCAAUGAAAUAAUCGGCAAUAUAUCUUGCGUGACACGAUUCAUCAAAUCGCUUAUCAUGUUAAUGGAGCACGGUGCUCGGGCUCAUCUUCGUCAUUUAUCCGAGUUCUUCGGUCUACUGUAUGAAUUUUCACGGAUGGGUGAAGAGGAAGCCCUAUUUCUUUUACGAAUAAAUGUAAUUCGAAGUGUGGCUGAUUUCUACUUAGGACACAAGGCACAAGACUGCAUCGAAACAACGUCAGACAACGAAGAUAACUCAUCCGAUGAGGCUCUAACUGUGGAUAAAAGUCGACCGGCAUCACUAGAUAAGAUGAUCGCACUCGUUGCGUCGUUGGUGGAGCGAUCGCGAGGACCCGAUUUAAGAUUACAUCUAUCCUCGCGCGAUUAUAAUGCAAUCGCUGGUGGGAAAGGAUUUCCUUUUCUCUACCAGCAAAUUAAAGAUAACAUCAAUCCACACCAGACGCGACAUUUGAUCCACGCGCUUUGUAGAUGUGAUGAGCGAUUGGCGGGACAAAUUAUUGCGAUGCUUUUUACCGCGGUGACGAAACACACCGAAUUGUGUGGACCUUUUUUUAAAUUGCUUACACUAUUGACUGAAUCCACCGGAGGUCCUUCAGGACUUCCGUGUUUUUCCCAACUAGUGCUGCAACGAGUUUGGGACGCAGCGGAGUAUUGUCCGCAGUCGGCUCUAGAUUGGUUGGCAGUUCAAGCUCCACGAAAUAAAAUAGCACACACUUGGAUUCUGCAGUCAGCCGAACGAUGGGUCGAAACCUUUCUGUUGGCUCAUAACAACGCUAGGGUGCGGAACGCAGCGGCCUAUCUGCUGGUGUCACUUGUCCCAUCGCAGAACUUUCGCACCAAUUUUAGAGCUACUUCACACCACAAACUUACAAUGCACGCUUCUCAACAUAGGGAAAUUUCGUGUGAAGCUCAGCUUAUUUUGCAUACGAUCUUAAACCUGCUGUUGAGAUUGUUGAGAUCCGCUCGAAACUAUACGGAUAUCAGUGUACACGGUACUACGAAAUUAACGGUUUAUUUCAAUCUAAUGACGUAUUGUUUGGUUUCCAAAACGGAAAAAUUGAUGCUUGGACCACAUUUACGAGCUCUCUGGGAACUGUUCCACCCACGAUUGUCGGAACCGUCAGUUCCAGCGCAUCACAAUAAGCAAGCUCUAUUGGCAUUCUGGUACCAGGCAACAAUUGACUGUCCUGAAAAUGCGCUGUUAGUUGCAAACUGUCCGGAAAUUACAAGGAACAUUGCUUUUAAUUACAUUUUAGCCGAUCACGACGACUCGGAAAUCGUUACCUAUAAUCGAGCAAUGCUUCCCGUGUACUACGGUCUCUUGCGAAUGUGUUGCCAGCAGAGUCGUCUACUAACGCGUCAAUUGGCAGCCCACCAGAAUCUGCAAUGGGCAUUCAAAAAUAUCACACCACAUCCGACACAAUAUCCGCUGGCGGUAGACGAACUAUUCCGAUUGAUGACAUUGUUUGCACAGCGGCAUCCGGAUGCGACCGAGGCGGAACAACGGGAAGUAACCAUUUUCCGCCGAACCACACUCACCGCUUACUUGAACGGAUUGGAUGCUCGGGUAUCGUGGGGUACGUUGAUAGCAGCACUACGAAUUCUCGUUGAUAAUGACGACGAUCGGUUGUUUGUGGUGUUAAAUGGUGGAAUCACGUUAUGCUUCGAUGCACUACACACCUUGCAUUCAAUGUACCACGAGGCUACUGCAUGUCACGUUUUCGGCGAUUUGCAGGAACUUUUGACAGAAGUGAUAUUACUGAUUAGCACACUGCGAGCCAGCUGUCGAGAACAGAAGAAACGUCCACCUCCCGCACUGAUGAAAGGGCUUCCGGACGCUGUCCGUCGGUUAGCGACUCUGCUGAACACAUUCAACCCACCGGAAAUGCGAAACAUCGCCCUCGAAGUGCUUAAAGAAUUAGUGAAAUGUGCCCCACCGGAAAUCAUCAGUACCGUACUGGUUCCUUUGUUAACUCACUGCCACGCACAAAAUGUCUCACACGCAAUCAGUCCGUUAGGGUCGUAUUUCCCCAGGAGAGGUAUGAAAGCAACAUGGCCCCCAGUUUCGAAAAAUACACCACGUCCACCUAGACCCAUGGUUCAGAUGAACAUACCUCAAUCUCAGAUUUGUGAAAAGGGGCUAGAUAAGGACUUUGACUUAGCCUUGGAGCUUUUCUACCGCCCGUAUCACGAGUUUUUGGACAUCAUGUUCCGUGUGGCCGUCACUUCUAAUCAGUUCAACGAAGCGUUGGUGCACCUGUCACUGCUGACCGGGAUCGAAGCUGUAGUUCUUAACUUCAAUAUCUUCGCCAAGUUUUGGGUUGGCAUCUACAACAAUAAAACUACCAACAGGUACUCCGAGCUACUUAUUAAGAACCUCUUGCUAGUUGAUUACAUCGAUGAUAUCCUGAGGGAUGAGAGGCUAUCACUGAACGAUCCGGUGAUUGCUAACUUUAUUGAAAUUUACUAUCCUAAGGUACAAUCCCGGCUCGUUGUUCCGAGACUGCUAGAAUCGAUUUGCCAGCUGCUGCCGGACAAGAGCAAUCUGGAGGACAUAUGCGGAGACCUGCAAGCAAUACGAAUUAUCGGUCAGCGUACCGGAAUUCCGGCUUCGGUUAAGACAUUACUGCAAAACUCUCUGCACGCAGUGUUGCUGAAGUUCAAGGAUGAAAUGUACAGCGAUGAAGAAACGCCUCCGAAAAGACGGAAAAUAACAUCUAUUACCGCUCAAAUUGGUAGCUUAACUCAGGCGCAGCAACCAGUCCUGCGGUCUCCGAUAUCUGAAGCAGAAGAACAGAGUGAGGAGCUAUCGAAGGAACAACCGAACCGAACGCAAGAAUCGAAAUCAGAGAAUAUCUGUUCCAGUGAGGAGGAAAAAGGUAAUGAAAAAACAGUCCCGGAGAGUGACUCAUCUUCGAUGAACGAGAACCCUGUGGCGGAAAGCGAAGUAGAAGAGACUGUCGUAAAUAUUCCUAAAGGAUCGAAAGAGAAAGAAGAUAAGGCAGCGCCGAAGAGUUCAGUAGCAGUCAUUACCGAGGAUAAAAGCAAUCGCAGUGAGUCGCAAGGUGACCAAGGUCUUUUGGAAGCGGGUGACCCACAGUUCAGUAGUUGUGGCAGCAGUACCAGUAGUAACAGCGGUAAUAAAUCAAUUGAAGUGGAGGAUAAGACUAAAACGCCCACAACGGAUAUCGUGGACCAAACGAAGCAGAGACUUUGCGAGCAGGAAUUGUACCAGCGAAACCUAAUCAAAGACAUCGAAAGUCACAUCGAGUUGAUAUUCGAAUGUUUGGACGACGAUGACGAUGACGGUGAAAUUAACGCAGAACGAUCGGUGACCAUAGCAGGCAGUAGUCACGGUGUACCAGCAGCAGAGGAUGUUGAUGCGGAUUCAGAGUUGGAUAGAAGUAGAGUUAGUAGCGGCACGUGCCACAGCUCGUCUGCCAGCUGUCCAAGUCCUAGUAAGAUAAAGCGGAGGAAUCCGUCCGCAGAGGAACACUCCGGUAGUGGGAACGAGAGGGCAGUCAUACAGGAGUCGUCAACCGUCGACGGGUCAACAGAAGAAACAGGUAAAAUUGAAUCCUAGGCUAUUUUUAUGAUACCGAAACUGUAUCGUAUGUUUCGGAGGAAUGUUUCGGAAAACCAAAAUUGUGAUGUCUUUAAAUGCUAAGAAUUUUCUUUUUGUUUUAACCAAAAAAAAAUAUACGGCGACGAAACGCAAGAUUAGGACGAGAGAUUCAUUAGUUUUCAUCUUCUAAAUUCAUGUAAAUUUUUCGGAAUCGGAAAUCAAAACAACUAAAAUCUUUCUUCGAACGAUUGUGGAUGGAAAAGUCUCUUGAUGAGAGAGUGUGUGAGAAAUUUGCAGCGCAGAAUUUACAACAUUUUUACUGUCAGAUCGUAGUUUCCGUAUUAAAGGGAAAAGGUGCUCGUGUAUUUUUUAUACUUAUUAAUCACGUUUCUUAUCGAUAUAUAUUUUUAAUAAAUAGUAAAACUUAUUUGCGCAGAAAAUAAACGUAGUACUAGAAACGUUUAGCGUUUAAGUGAAUGUUGCUACCGUUUCGUGUAUGUUUUCAUUAUACUCUUUAUCAUCGCUGCAUUAUAAGUUUACGGUUAAUUUAAAAGCAUUAUUAUUACAAUUAUUAUUACUAUUAUCAUUGAUAAUAUUAUAUUCUAGAUCAUUAAAAGUGAACCCCUAUUGAAAAGUGCGUAUUUAUUAAACUAGCUAGUCUACAAAAUGUCCUUAAGUUUUGUUGUAUCAUCUUUGAACAUAGAAUCAUAACCACGCUAGAUGAUGUUGAAAAGCUACAGAAGAAGCUAAUGUCGAGGAUAAUCCGAAUUUGAUUUAUACGUUUAUUUAGAUCGUCCACUCCACUAUGUGGAUGUUAUUCGAAAUUCGCUGUUUUAUUUUCCUUAAGUCGGAUUUUAUUCGCUCUCGCCGUAAACCAUUUCAAAUGAUCUAUUUCGGACCAUAUACAGGAUAGACACUAAUUCGUGAAGCUAAUAAAUCUACAUUCAAAUCGAAAUGAGUAAUUUUCAAAUCGUCCCCGGUUUGGUGAAAACGAAUUGUAUUGUUCCCUUCUAGACUGGAGAAAGCGACCGAAGGAGUUGAAAAUGAAAACGAAGGAAAUUAUUUUAUAAGUGUAAGAGAACAUAAUGAAAUUUAAGAGUACAUUUUCACACAAGAUGCAUGCACACACACAGAAGUUAAUACACUGAUACCACUGAUAAAACGAUCGGUGGUUUUUGAAACGUUCUCAAUGUCGUACUGGAUGGAUUUAAAACAGGAAAAUAAAACUUAAAACAGCAAAAGUAAAAACAUACGAGCAGAUUGAAAGCAUAAUUGAAAACCUCACAAACAACACAUUCAAAUGAUAAUUAUUAUUAAAUGAAAUUCUUUCGUGAAAAAAAACAAGGAUACAGAACACGUUCAUGUUUUAUUUUCAA